AGUGGGGAAUCCCAACUUUGUUUGCCUAGGCAAAGUUAAAGGUGACCUGGAGAGGCUGUCCCCAUUAAGUACCAGCGAUAAACUAUCAUUUACUAAGCCUUCGGAUCGCCUGAAGAAUCAUCACCAGAUAUGUUCAUACACACAGACCACGAUCAAAGUCCCCUAAGAAGAGCAAUCAAGAGAUCAUCGGGAAGAGCCUUAACUCUCUCUUCACCAUUCUUACCAAACCAGGAUUUUGAGACGAUCUUGAAGCAGGACAUGAAUCAUGAGGCUGAAGCAGAGCAAGGAGAAGAAGAGAGAGGACCCGAAGAUGACAACUCUCAAGAAGAAGAAGAUGGAGAAGGGGAGGAGGAAGGAGGAGGAGGAGGAGAUUGGCUUAGCUUAAGCCUGGGAGGAAGAGAAGAAGGAAGAGGAACAGACAACUCGGACUCGCAGCCGUCCUCCUCUGGCAUUUGUCCCAUGAGAGUCUUCUAUUGCAACUUCUGUAUGAGGAAGUUCUACAGCUCACAGGCUUUGGGGGGUCACCAGAAUGCACACAAGAGGGAGAGGGGAGUCUUCAGAAGACAGCAAGCUCAUCAGCGGGUCAUGGCCCUCAUGAUCAUGCACCGGAAUGGUGCUGGAAAUAACAGCCAUGUCGGGAGAUCACUCGGCAUGGAGCCACAUUCGCUCGCUUACAAGCAUGGAACCACAGUUGGCACGAGGAUCAGUGAUUCUGAUGGUGGUGAGAGUACACCAGUUUGGGGGGGCGUCGUGGUGGAGGAAGCUCAGGGACCAUCAUGGCCCGGGAGCUUCUGGUUGGUCCCUGAGGAGAGUCAAGAGACCCAGCCGAAGCCCUCCGACAAGCUUGAUUUGAGCCUUCAUCUCUGAUUCAGCAGGUUCUCCUCCAUAUUCAAGUCUAGUAGAAUAUAAUGUUCACGUAUGUAUCCAGCAAGGAACUACCUAUAAACAAGGGCAACCUUUGCAAAGGCUUUUACUAAUAAUCAAAGCACUUCUCUGGUUUUGCUCCAUCUCAAUUCCUCAAGUGUAACUUAUGCUUGUUUAUCCGGCAUUGUAUGUUCAGUUAUGCUCCUGAUCUUUAAUCUUCACCAUAUAAUUAUGUAAUUCUUACAGAGAGCUUUAGAUUUUCACCACUGUUCAUUCGCUAUUACAGUUAUUAUGUACGUGUCUAAGAAAUUUCUGAUGCA